GUACCAUCUCAGUGCCACUCUUUUCCCUAGCUAUGAACAUGAUUGUUAAAUCAGCUGAGGUGGAAUGUAGAGGCCCUAUGUCAAGAUCGGGCACUCGCCAGCCCCCCAUAAGAGCAUUUAUGGACGACCUCACAGUGACUGCAACCUCAGUUCCUGGCUGCAGAUGGCUGCUGCAGGGGUUAGAAAGACUCAUCUCUUGGGCUAGGAUGAGCUUUAAGCCUGCAAAAUCCAGGUCGUUGGUCCUGAAGAAAGGCAGAGUAGCUGACAACUUCCGCUUCACCAUCGGAGGGACACCAAUUCCAACUGUGACAGAGAAUCCUGUUAAGAGCCUGGGCAAGGUCUUCAACAGCUCCUUAAGAGACACAAUCGCACUGCAGCAAACCAGGGAGGACUUGACAACAUGGCUUGUAGCAAUAGACAAAUCAGGACUUCCAGGAAAGUUUAAAACCUGGAUGUACCAACACGGAGUCCUGCCGAGGCUCCUUUGGCCUCUACUCAUCUACGAGGUUCCCAUGUCAACCGUGGAGACACUGGAACGAACCAUCAGCCAGUUCCUCCGAAGAUGGCUUGGGCUUCCGCGAUCUCUCAGCAGCAUUGCCCUGUAUGGCCAUUCCACCAUGCUGCAGCUUCCAAUCAGUGGCCUGUCAGAGGAGUUUAAGGUCACAAGAGCCAGAGAGCUGAUGAUCUACCGGGACUCCUCCGACAAAAAAGUUUCUUCAGCAGGAAUCAGGGUGAAAACUGGCAGGAAAUGGAAGGCACAGUGGGCCGAGCAGGAUUAG